AUGCAAUCGUCAUUCUUCACAUACCUUGACAGAGGGCCUUACACUUUUUCCGUUGCAAUGACUUUGGUUUUGUUCGUUUUGACUCUGAUGAUGACAUUUUGGGCACCUCCCGCUCUAACUCUCGAUAUGCGAGCCUUCAAAGCUGUGCCACAAAACGAAGCAAGCUCUCUCCACGACUUCUAUUACUUUUACCAUUUGAGUUACUACUCAGGGAACUACGCCAUGGGAUCUGAUGACCUGGCGGAUACGAAACAGUUCUCUGCGGCAUCUGGCUACCAAAACGUCUCGAAGCCCAUGGAUAACACCUUGACCCAAUUUCCUCAAGAUCUGAAGAAUCGAUUACAGAGGAGCAGCAAGUCUACAUCUCUGACUUUCGCGAUUGCCUCGUCUGCUAUUGCGAGUCUUUGCAUUCAUAUCCUGGUCAACUUGGCAAUCAUUAAUUGGUGUGCGGAGUUGUGCGGUGCUAUCCUGAGGCGAUCAGGUACAUAA